AUGAUCGGAUUAGUAGCCGUUAUUAUGUAUAUGUUUGUGAUCAGUUCAAAAGCAAAUCCACAUGGUUAUUCAAAAGAUGAAUUGUCUGACGGAUUAUUAGAUUCCAGUUCACUAAAUGAUUAUAGUCCAUAUUAUUAUCGAAGAUCACAUGUUCCGAAAUGGUGGAGAACAGUUAAUGAAAAACGUUGGUUCCCCAUAAAAGAAUAUCGUGGUGGUUUAAUGGAGUAUAAUGAAUUGUCAUUUGAUUUCACAUCAACUAAACGUAAUAAUUUGAAUAGAAACAAAAAGAGUUCAAUGAAAUUCAAUAAUUCGAUUAUAAUUUACGAACAUGAUAUUUUUACAUUAUUGAAAAAUUUUAUGAAAUAUUUAACAAAAGCUUAUUCAGCAUAA